AUGGAGGCACUGAAACUCAAGCACUCAGAGGAGAUGAGUUCAGAGCAGCAGCAGAGGAGCCUCCUGCCGAAGAAGAUCCUGGAGCUGCAGGAGGCUCUCAGAGAAAAGGAGGAGGAGCAGCAGCAGGAGGCUCUCAAAGCAAAGGAGAAGGAGCAGCAGGAGGCUCUCAAAGCAAAGAAGGAAGAGCUGCAGGAGGCUCUCAACAAAAGGGAGGAGGAGCUCCAGGAGUCUCUCAGAGAGGAGGAGGAACUGCUGGAUGUUCUAAGAGAAAAGAAGCGGGAGCAGCAGAAAAGGAGGAAGAGGAGGAGGUGGUUCUGCUGUGGCUUUUAA